UGCUGGGUUGUUUACAUUACAGUCACACGGGCCAGGAGUGCGGUGAUGAGGGGGGCCUAGCAAAGCAGUCUGUCCGAAAACACGUACACAUCUCGCCUGCUUGUACAGCACAGGCGGCACAACUUUUCAGCUCAGCUAAGCCAGAGUGCCACGCAAGGAAGAGAGAGGCCCGACGAGUCAACUUCUCGUAGCGACCUUGGAAAGAGAAGGAAAGUCAAAACAAAGACAACCGCCAUAACCAUCAGGAAAAAAACUCUCAGCGUGAAGAAAGAAUAGCUUAGCAACAGACUCCCACUUCCUGAGGUGUACGGGAUCAAGCUCCUAACACCAUGGAUAUGGACACGCAAGCAACCGGGCCAGUGUUUCAACCCCAGAAACCAUUGCAGCCGGAUAUGGGCCAUAAUUUAUUGGCUAACUUCCAGAUUGAGAAGAAGAUUGGACGUGGCCAGUUCAGUGAGGUGUAUCGAGCAAGGUAUCUGUUGGACAACACACCAGUGGCUCUGAAGAAAGUUAAGAUAUUCGACUUGAUGGAUGCCAAAGCUCGGCAAGAUUGCAUCAAAGAGAUAGAUCUCCUUAAGCAAUUGAACCACCCCAAUGUGAUAAAGUACCAUGCAUCUUUUAUUGAGGACAAUGAGCUGAACAUAGUACUGGAGCUAGCAGAUGCUGGCGACCUCUCUUGUAUGAUCAAGCACUUUAAGAGGCAGAGAAGGCUUAUCCCAGAGAGAUCAGUGUGGAAGUACUUUGUUCAGCUCUGCAGCGCUCUUGAACAUAUGCACUCUCGGAGAGUCAUGCACAGAGAUAUCAAGCCAGCCAAUGUAUUCAUCACAGCUACUGGAGUAGUGAAGCUAGGAGACUUGGGAUUAGGGCGAUUCUUCAGCUCUCAAACAACUGCUGCUCACUCACUAGUGGGUACUCCUUACUACAUGUCACCGGAGAGGAUACAUGAAACCGGCUACAACUUCAAAUCUGACAUCUGGUCGCUAGGAUGCCUGCUCUACGAGAUGGCAGCCUUACAGAGUCCAUUCUAUGGGGAUAAGAUGAACCUCUACUCACUUUGUAAGAAGAUAGAACAGUGUGACUAUCCCCCUCUUCCCUCAGAUCACUAUUCAGAGGAGCUAAGGAACUUGGUAGAUAUGUGCAUCAACCCUGACCCGGAGAAGAGGCCGGACAUCGCCUACGUGUAUGACAUUGCCAAACACAUGCAGAGCAUGACAGAGGGCAGAUAAGCCCAGAGUUACGCACACUAUGCCUUGCAGACCUCCUCUCCACGAUCCUUCUUGCUUUUCAGGCUGGACUCGUCUUUCUUCAUUAAUAGAAAACUUACUCCAGAGUUUAGUUUCUUGUCAUGAAUAGUACAUGUAACACAUUUUUAUUUUCAGGGUGUUCAUUCAGUCUGUACCGCAGCUGACAUCCAAACAUUUUCUUCCCUUGAAUAAAGAUUAUAAAGAAUAUACUAUAUUACCAGUGCAGCUCCCGUUUCUUAGACUUUAAUAACGUUGUUAUACUGAAAACUCACCAAUGUGUUGCUAUGGCUUUAAAACAUGUCUUCUAUUCAUGUAGUAAAGUAAAACAGUUUUUCAGUAUAGAUAUUAUUGAAAGCAGAGGUACUAGAAAAAGAUAGCUGCAAUGUUCAGUAUUCAUCAACAGUUAAUCAGUGCAAAAUAUGAUUACAUUUGACCUUGAAGGCUUUUGCUGACCGAUAGUUGCCUCAGAUGGCACAUAAAAAAGAUCAUGAAAAUUUCUAUCUAAAAACGGAGUGAAGAAGAGAUGUUCGCUCAUUGACAGCAACUCUGCAGAGUCUAAUUAUGGUUGAAGUGUUGUUGUGUUGCACUUUUUACCCUGGUACUGGAAGGCUGGCAGGGUGAUCAUGUCUAAUGAAUGUAUUAGAAAAGGAAGGAUCAUUUAGAGGGUAGACUACAGUCACGCUAGGGGGAGAACAUGAGCAAAUGUCUCCACAACACUUUGAAUGUAAGUCAUUAUGACUCCUAUGUAUUGUCUUUGAAAAUCUCACAGUGUCUCUUUUUUGACAGCCUAGUAGGCAUAGAAACUGUAACAAAAGCAGUGUUGCAUGUGAUAUUUACUUUCUCACUGAUAGCAACACAUUUUUCCUCCUUGGUGUCAGUGUUUUUCAGAUGGGUAAAAUAAGAAGAACUCUCCAUCAUGGUCCAGUGUAUGCCUUUGACCUACCAGAAGGGUAGAUUAGAUUGACAAAAUUGUGUUAAUGUUGCUGUGUAAGUUGCAGUGUAUGUAUCUUUUUAGGUAACAAGUGAGAUAACGGCGUGCCCAACAUAAAGCCUCAGAAAGCAGGAAGUUAGAGAAAAGUGGCAUCUCGAAAAAGCAGUUUAUAUAUGGAAAUGUGUUUAAAAAAAAAAAAAAAAUCAUAUUUUAUGAAUUCUAGCCUUUACCAAAGACUUGUACUGAGAGGAAAACACCAAUGGGACAAAUUUAGUUUUACUGUACAUAGAAGUAAACCCCACCAAAAAAAGAAAAAAAAAAGGUCUAGUGACCUUUGGUGCAUUUAGAGCAGUGGUUCUCAAAUCCAGGCCUCGUGGCCAGGGACACAUCUAAAACCUGCAGGACACUGGGCCACGAGGCCUGGAUUUGAGAACCACUGAUUUAGAGGGAAAACUCAAAGAAAGAAAAAACUAAGUGGUUUAUUAUCCCUGGUUUACAUGAUGACAGUGAUGCUACAUCAAAGGUGUAGUCUGUAAACAUUCAGUGUCUUACAAGUUAAUGUCAGAUACCCUGUUAACUUCUCAUUUAAGUUGUACAUCCACUGUUUUUAUAGUUUUUUUUUUUUUUUUUCCAUAACAUUUAAUGUGUUACAUACAAAAUCAGAGCUUACAGGUGUAAGAAAGUGUAAGUUAUUUUGUGUUGGUUAACAGAAUAUGUUGAUAGUUGUUUGACACUUGCAAAUACAGUGUUUGCAAUUUUUGUUGGCAAUUGUACACCUUGUCCUAGAUUUUGUUCCUUUUAUUGCUUUUCGUUCCCACAGCGAUUAAACGUUUUCUGCUCCGUAAUUCUCUUACAUUUUCAUCAGCUUCACCCACAGUCCCGUUAAUCUCAUGUUUCUAAAUGAGAGCAUCUGUGUAGCACCAAAACAUUUCAGUAUUUUAUAGUUUAUACAAAGGAGCUAUGACACUUUUUUUUUUUUUUUUUUUUAAGAUUUUAGUUUUGAUGCUAUACAGAAUUCUCAUGCUUGUUAUUGUUUCAGGGCCUUUUGUGCUUUUCAUUUAAGCAUAUUUAAUUAAGGCACCUGAUACAUUUAUUUUGGCUUAUGAGUGCAUUUCUCUUCAUGGCCUCUUACAGCAGCAAAGCACCAUAGUUUAAAAAAAAGGGCUGUAUCUCUGGAGUAAUGGUUCUGUUUUCUGUUAAUGUGCAGAAACAAAGAUGUAGUUUCUUUUGUUAGUCCUCACAAGGAGGAUGUUUACACAGUGCUCAGUCACUUUAAUGAUUAUGGCUCUUGAUGUGAGGGAUGACAGUACUCUGUGUCCUGGUCUUUUAGCUUUGCCCAGUUUAUUUUUCUGCAUGUCCUCCUCAACGUAGUAUUGAAGAGUCCGGGGUUUUGGCCAUAAAGCAAAAAUCUUCCUAAUUGAUAUUUAUUGUUUUGGUAGUUUAGUUUUUUUCAGUGAACAUUUCAUGACGUACCCAUGACACUCCUUGUAUGCUAAAUGUAAUAAAGCUUUCAAAUUUC